UAGUAAAUGUCCUAAUCAUGAAUAGUAAAGGUCAAGUUACUGUGUAAAUAGUAAGAGUCAAGUUACUGUGUAAAUAGUAAGAGUCGGUUUGUAACGUCUAUAUAAGAAGCAUUUGCUUCAUUAAUAAAAUAUACUCCAUCCCUCUCUCAACUCUCUUCUCUCAUUUACAAUAUAAACGCUUCCACCCCACAUUGGUAUCAGAGCUAGAUAAUUAAAUAAUUAUGGAAAACAAAUCAACUAUGACAAACAAUCCACAAGAACAGACUAUUUAUCAAGAAAAAGGAACUCAAACUGAACCAGAGACAAUAGAAGAAAUACUCAAAGCUAUUACUACACUUUCUAUGAAGGUGGAUAGUAUGGGAAAAGAGUUACAAAAUUUGAAAGCUAAUAGUCAGCAGCAUGACUAUAAAUAUGCGGAGCUACGUCGAUCGGAAGACGCUAAAAAUCCAGAGCUAGAAGGAGACGUUGGGAAACUCCCUAAAACCCAUAACAUUAACAUUACUAGUAUUGCAGGUACAAGUACAACAGCUAUGGAAAAAACUACAUCAAAAAAUACAAACUUAAACAGCUUGUUUACAAAACCAUUUAUUCCAAAAGCACAUAUAGUAGAUACCCCAGCACCGCAAACAUCCACAUAUGCAGCCAGCCUACACAAAGAAAAGAAAAUAUAUAACCAUAUAUCCCAAACUUACAUUGAAAACCUAUACAAAAUCCAAAACUUUUUAAAUCUUAAACCCAAAUCUACCACAACCACAGAAAAAACCCAGGAUUAUUUAACCCAAAAAUUUCAAGGCUAUAAUAAGUUAAUCGCACAACCUAAAACCAAUCCAAACCUAGUUAAAACUUGUUACAGUUAUGGAUUACUUAAUACCGUAUAUACAUAUGAUGGUACAGAGAUAAGUGGAAUCCCGGAGAUACACAAAGCCUUUUUGAUAUAUAAAAGAAUUACAAAAGGAAAUUUAUUUUUUAUAAAAUUUUAUACAGCACCAGCUGAGAUACUUUAUGAUGAGAUAAAACCAAUAAUCCAGAUAGUGAAAAUUGGAUUAACGCGAGAAAUGAUAAUACCGGAAGACAUAGGGCAACAGCCAGAGAUACCAAAAAUCGAGAUACCCAGUUUUUAUGCAAAUAAAAGAAUAAUUGGAUUAUCAACUAUCAUACAAGAAUUAGCUAACAAUUAUCUACAAGGAAAUGCUAUAUGGAGUUAUUAUUCAAGAGAUCACUUAAUGAUAUAUGCCAAUUCAAGAGAGAUAAGACAAACAGAUAUGGAGGAAGUCCAGAAAUGGAUUUUAUCUUUAUUAAAACCAGAAGCUACUCCAACAACUAGAGCACUAAAACAAGGAUUCAUCUCCGAAGAACUCAUGACAAGAUAUUGCAAGCUAAUUGGACACAAAUAUCCAGACCAUAUAUGUUCCAAGUGCAACCAAGGUGAUGACAUAAUCCCAGACGUACAACUGGAGUAAGCUGAGAAGAAGAAGAUAAAGAUAGACAUAAAAAUAUAUGUAAAUUAGUCAUAAUUAUUGUCGGCCACAUGUAAAAAAGUAAAGGCCAUUAAAUAAAGUAGAAAUAGUAUGUCGGCCAUUUGGCCAAAGUUUAUUUUGUUUUUUGUAAAAAAGUCGUAAAGUAAAUAGUGUCUUUUUUGUAUUUUGUAGAAAAAGUCGUGAUAGUUACUAUUUGGUUACUAUUCAUGAAUAGUAAAUGUCCUAAUCAUGAAUAGUAAAGGUCAAGUUACUGUGUAAAUAGUAAGAGUCAAGUUACUGUGUAAAUAGUAAGAGUCGGUUUGUAACGUCUAUAUAAGAAGCAUUUGCUUCAUUAAUAAAAUAUACUCCAUCCCUCUCUCAA